AUGGAAAUUCUGAAUCAUUCGAGAACCAAUUCUAUUGCAAAAAUUGAGGGAAGAAUUCCUCUAAUUAAAAUAAAUUUUAAGGAAGCAGAAUUUGAUUUGUUACUUGUUUCCCUUCCAAAAAAUAGUUUUAAUACAUUAUUUGCCUUAAAUGAACCUAAAAUUGAUAAAGUUGAUGAGGCUAUAGCCACAUAUAUUUUAGAAAGAGUUGGGGGAAUUGAAGCUAAAAAUAAUGGGCAAUUAUGGCCUUUAUCUGGAUAUCGUGCAAAUUUACGUUUAUAUGAUUUGACAGUUAACAGUAGGAAAACGUAUACAAUGUUGCUACAAACAAUUAAAUUUUGGACUAAAAGUAAUUUAAUUUUAGUAAAGUCAAAAUUGAAUUUAUGUCAUCUUUUUAUCUAGGGUAGCAGCACCCCGACUCCCGAAACAGCAGCACCCCGUCCCCCGAUCUUUUACGCCCACCCCUGUAGGGCAAAAUCCCGACCCCAGAAACUGGAAAAAACCACAACCCGAACCCCGAAGGCUCUACCCCGGCAAAACCCGAAACCCGACACUCC